GAGCAAUCAGUUCGUUACUACACCUGCUCGAACCAACGAAGUCGAGAAGAAGACGAAGCUGUUCCCUCGCGCUGUGACGCCCACAUUGCAGGACUGGGGGGAGAUAUGUCGGCAUUGAUGGGAUCGGUGUCUGCUCUCGCCGGGAGCCGUCUCUGUUCAACAAUUCCAAGCUGUGAAAGAUCGUCCUGCCGACCACAAUCAGCCCAUAGGCCCUCCCUUGUGUUGUGUCAAACGGACAACGGCUUGUCGAAGGACACAGCUAGCGAAUCUUCAAGAAGGUCAAUUUUGCUUGCAACUGCCUCGGUAGCCGCUGCUGCUGUUGGUUUCGUGAACCAACCAGAUGCACAGGCGAAGAGGAAACCUCCUCCAACUCCUGAAGAGAAGAGACCCGAGGAUGAUCCGAAUCUGAGCGCUCUUGACGCCAAGAAAUUGGCCAAUGCAAGGCGAAAGGAAGCCAUGAGGGCCAUGGUGGAAGGCGCUAAGGCUAAAGCUAAAGAAGUGCAGGCAGUUGUCAAAGCUCCCUCAUCGAUGAACAUCCAAUCAUCCAACUAGACUCUCACAGCAGGAGACUCCAAUCCAAUCACAGGGCUUGGCUUCUCUUGCUGUCUUCUACAUGUAAAGAUAUUGUUUCUUAUUUGUAAAUUUGAGCAACAUGAUUCGUCUGAUAUC